UCUUCCGUAGUUAUUGAGCUCGUCUGCCUGAGUGGUGUCGCCAUCCCCGUCCGUAGCCACCGAACGCGCCUUCCCGGCGAGUCUUGGCCCCACCCGCACCUGCCGAACUUGAACCUUGGUUCGCCGCGCCGACACACUGCCCGUCUCCCAUCACUCACCAACACAUGAUCCCCAGCGACCGCUGCGGAUUCCCGUGCGUCUAGCCCUACUACCUGCGCCGCGCCCAUUGGCCACCCUUUGAGCUUCGCGACGCUCGACGGAAGCUUCCUUCGAGCUCGGUUGCUCUUGUGCCGCCUGAAUGUACUCAGUGCAUGUGCAACACCCUAUACAAAUCAUGUCGAAUGGUGGUUUUGCCAACGGCAUCAUGGAUCCGCCUGGCACCAUUGACCCGUCGCACGUCUUCGGAGGCCCGACGCAGCCCGUCGCACAGCAACAGCAAGCAUCGCGAGGCAGCCUGAAGCGCAGUCGCUCGCCAGAGAGCAACUACGACAUCCAGGGCGAUGACACGCCCAACAACAAACGCAGUCGCGGUCGCCCUCCCAAGGCCACCAGGCCGCCCUAUGCCGGAUCGCCGCAACAGACCGGCAUCGCGCCGCCCGUGCAAACACCGCAAUCACAGACAACAGCCCUGCCCCAAGCAUCGCCUCCCCAGACCUCGCCAUCCGCCAAGGGAACACCCACCAAGCCCGCCGUCAUCAAGGCGCUACCCACUGUGCGCGACCACACUACCGACCAGCUCAAUGCCGAAGGCGACGAAUACAUACCGCGCGAAAUUGACGAGGCUGGAGAAAGGAAGGUUACGCAACAAGGUCACCCACUUGACGGCCGCGAAUACCGCUGUCGCACUUUCUUCGUCCCCAACAGAGGCGAGAAGCUCUUCAUGCUCGCAACCGAAUGCGCGCGUGUUCUAGGUUACCGUGACUCGUAUCUACUUUUCAACAAAAACCGCUCUCUGUACAAGAUCAUCGCCACGCAGGCCGAGAAGGACGACCUCAUCCACCAGGAGAUUCUGCCAUACUCGUAUCGGUCCAGACAGAUUGCCAUUGUCACUGCCCGAUCCAUGUUCAGACAGUUCGGAAGCAGAUUGAUCGUCAACGGCCGACGUGUGCGCGACGACUACUGGGAGAGCAAGGCACGGAAGCAGGGUUUUACCGAGGAAGACGCGGCGGGUGAGAAGAGGCCAGGUGCAGCAAAAGCAAGAGAGGCAGCCGCAGCCGAAGCGAACCACGCCAGUGCCAUGGCUUUUGCCCACCCAGGAGCAUACACAGGCAACAAUCAAGACUACCUGGGCGCUGCGAUCAACCCUCUGCAGCCAUUUGGCGGUCUCAACCCCGCACCAGGAAGCAUGCCCUCCACAAACGCAGACGCAUACAACCAGCGCACAACGGCUGACCUGCAGCCUCGAGACUACAGUGGCGUACAACGUCCACGACAUGAGAUGCAGGGCGCCCCGUAUCAGGACAUGACAAGGCCAACUCCGUCUGGCGAAAUUCUCAAUGCAGCCGCGCAAACAGCCGAGGUCAACAAGCAGCUAGAGCAGCAACGCAAGCACCGCAAGGACUAUCUCAACGAUGUCUGGCAACGUCCCCACGAGCCGCCCGUCCAGCCGAACCGUCCAGGAACCGCCGAAGGAGAGCACGCCCCGCAGGUUACUCAAGCCGUGCAGUCUCCACGCAUGCCCUCGACAGCUGUCAGCAUGCCAGGAAAUCAGUACGGAAUGCCAGCACAGACGCCACAGAGGCCUGGACAGCCCAUGGGUCCUCAAGCGUACCGCCCGCAGCCUAUGCCCCAAAACAACAUGGUACCUUCACCCAUGGCUCAGCAACACACACCUCUCCGUGCGGACCAGAUGCACCGCCGUCCACCAAGCAUUGGAAUGCCCCAGGGCAUGAACGCCUCUAACAUGGGUCCUGGAGGCAUGCUUCCAGGUGUCCAACAAAACCCAGGCCAUGGGUACCCUCCAUCACACAUGUGGCAAGGAGGACCACCACAGCCCUCUCCGCUCUCCCAACAGCACAACAUGCAGCAAUAUGCGCAACGACCACAGCAGUCGCCACUUCCGCAGCAGUCUCCCAUGCAUGCCUCACCACAACUCCACCAUGCCCAAAGCAGUGCCUCCAUGCAUGGCACACCUGUGCAACAGUACCAGACUAUGGGUGCUAUGGGAGGCUCUAUGCCUGGCGGGGAUCCCGGGUACCAGGCUAUGGGACAAAACCCUUACCAACCCAGCCCGAGCCCUCACCAGUUUAUGCAACACCAAAGUGCUGCCAGUCAACAGCCUGGCAUGCCUGGCUGGGCACCUCCACAGGCUCCACAACAGGGAGGGUGGUCGACAUACUAGGAAUGGCCACAACCCUAUGAUGUGUUGUCAAAAGCGGCACUACCGCAUCAUGAGCCGAAUUCAUUCUUGAGUCCACGAACGAUGGUCUGAUUUGGCAUCAUUAUUGGAAUUCAAUUGUCCAUGCUCCGAUCGACACCAGGGGCUACCUGC